AAACUGUGUCGUUUUUUCUGCAGCACUAAACCAACCCCCAACUUCUCUCCCGCCUCCAAAACUCUCCGACCUCCGCCAAAAUCUCUACCCGACCCGAUGGAGAAUUCGACCCACGACUCCCACCUCGGCCCGGAAAACUCCGUCACCUACGAAUCCCCCUACCCUCUCUACGCCAUGGCCUUCUCCCCGGCGGCCCGAACCCGCCACGGCCACCCCCGCAUCGCCGUCGGCAGCUUCAACGAGGAGUUCUCCAACCGGGUCGACAUCCUCUCCUUCGACCCGGACUCCCUAACCCUCAAGCCCAACCCUUCUCUCUCCUUUGACCACCCCUACCCUCCCACCAAGCUGAUGUUCCACCCGAACCCCAACGCCCUCCACAAGUCCAACGACAUCUUAGCCUCCUCCGGCGACUACCUCCGCCUCUGGGAGGUCAAGGACUCCUCCGUCGACCGCCUCGAGCCCAUCUCCGUCCUCAACAACUCCAAGACGUCCGAGUUCUGCGCGCCGCUGACGUCGUUCGACUGGAACGAGAUCGAGCCGCGGCGGAUCGGGACCUCCAGCAUCGACACCACGUGUACGAUCUGGGACAUCGAGAAGGGCGUGGUUGAGACGCAGCUGAUCGCUCACGACAAGGAGGUUUACGACAUUGCGUGGGGCGAGGCCAGGGUUUUUGCGUCGGUGUCGGCUGACGGGUCGGUGAGGAUAUUCGAUUUGAGAGACAAGGAGCACUCGACGAUCAUCUACGAGAGCCCCCAGCCGGACACGCCGCUGCUCCGAUUGGCGUGGAACAAGCAGGACUUGAGGUACAUGGCGACGAUAUUGAUGGACAGUAAUAAGGUCGUGAUUUUGGAUAUAAGGUCGCCGACGCUGCCGGUGGCGGAGCUGGAGAGGCACAAGGGGAGUGUGAAUGCGAUUGGAUGGGCGCCGCAGAGUGCAAGGCAUAUCUGUUCUGCUGGGGAUGACUCGCAGGCGCUGAUUUGGGAGCUGCCCACGGUGGCGGGGCCGAAUGGGAUUGAUCCUAUGUCAAUGUACUCCGCCGGCGCCGAGAUUAAUCAGCUGCAGUGGUCUGCCGCGCAGCCGGAUUGGAUUGCCAUUGCGUUUUCGAACAAGAUGCAGCUCUUGAAGGUCUGAGGAAUCGGCGACAGGAUGUGGAUUGGGCUACUGAUAUUGCUUCAUGGUGUUAAUCUGACCUGCACUUUUAGUUUAGCUGGAAGUAGUUUGAUCUUCAGUUACUGGUGAGGGACGUUCAAACUUUUGUAAUCCUAAUUGUUGAUUAUCUUGGUGUCAGAACCCCAUUGUAAAUAUUGCAUUCUCCUUCCUUCCUUA